CUGAAUAUCCCAUUCAAACCGCAAUUUCUCUCACAUAAAUCUCUCGCACGAAUCCAUUUAAUCUUCAAAAGGUACCUCAAGCAGACUAUAAACCCUACUCUACUAUUGAAUAACCAUCUCUGACUGAACUCAGCAGACACCACCACCAAGACCCAACCCUCAAUCUCCUGAACUCUCACCCAGCGUUCUAACACUUAAGCUCACCUCUUGUACCUUGAUAUCCUCCUCUUACCUCUCAAUUCAAGAAAAGAAACCAGCAAGAUGCCUCGUGGAAACGGACCAGUGACCAAAGUCUUCUACAAGGGUUCCACUGAUGACUUCAUUGUCUUUGUGGAAUCAGCGGAGGGGCUAGAAGCAUGGAAAUCAGACAAAUCAAUCCCUCUCGUACAAGUCGUCGACAGCUUCAAGGUUCUCGUCUCCCACAAGCAUGGUGCUCAGGGUGAGUUAGACACCGCUAGCAAAGCCACGCUGGAGAAUGAGUUCGGCACCAGCAACGAGGACGAGGUCGUCAAGAAGAUCCUGGAGGAGGGCCAAGUGCAGACCUCUACUCAAUCUCAACGUACUGGUGUGCGUAAUGAGAGCAUGGGCCCCCGUCAAGGUCACCCAACUGCAUAGGCUGUUGUCAACCGGUGAUUUACAGACCCCUUCGCGUUUAGUAUCGUCCCUUAGCUCAAGAAGGCGUAUGGAGGUACUUGCAAACGCAUGAGAUGAUGGCUUUUCCUGUUACUUGUGCUGGCCAGAAAGCCUACAAGUAUGGGAGCCUCGGCAGAACAUGAGCUAGGAUGCUCCAAUCAAAGCUAGACGAACUGUGCAUGCUUAGCUGCAUGUAGCGGAAAUCAAAAUCCAAAGCUUUGAAACAAUUUCACUGAGGAUGAUGUAGACAUUUGUGAGAAUCUCGUUGUCGUCGAAAGAUCUACUUGGUCGUGUGACUUUAGUUUUGACUAGUAGUAGAAACCCCUUACCACCCGCAAUAGAGGCCUCUCACGUGACCAACACAGGACAGAAGAUUCAUCAUUCCCCUCCCGAGUCAAUCACAGCGCUGGCAUAUCAAAUGAUUUUUUAUAAUUGAAUGGGGAAGAUCGGUCUUUUUUUCAUAUAGAUGCCCGUCCAAAACUCGACGAGCACCGGAAAAAGGAAAGAGAUGUAUUUUGGACUUUAACGAUGUCUGGGAAAUCUAAUCCAGAAUCAUUUUGAUAAAAGUUAGAUAUACCGUUGGUUGAUUGAUAGAUCUGACAGCCGCACCUCCGCUGGAACCCCCACAUAUAGAUCCUUUGCCU